CUUAUUUUAGUAUCAAUCUUAUCUCAAAUGGAUUUACAUAAUUUAUUAUCAUUCCUUAUUCAAUUCAGUGGCUUUGAACUUUGAAGCCAAAUGGGUGGAAGAACAGGAACUCUGCUGCUGCUGCUGCUUUUCAUGCAAUAUUUGGUUAUAGCACUCACAGCCAACGAUGCUUCAAACGACGACUUUAAAGGUCUACUGUCUCUCCAGGAUGAGUUGAAGAACACACCAAAUUGGAAGGGUAGUGCUGAUCCUUGUGACAAUUGGGAAGGGAUUAGGUGCACCAAUUCGCGUGUGACCUCCUUAAUAUUGACAAGCAUGAAUUUGAUGGGGAAACUAUCUAGUGAGAUCAGCCAGUUGUCUGAGUUGCAGACUUUGGAUCUCUCUUACAACAAGAAUAUAACAGGACAACUUCCAAGUUCAAUUGGGAAUUUAAUGAACCUAAUAAACCUAAACCUGAUCGGUUGCAGUUUCUCUGGCUCUAUUCCAGACACAAUAGGAAAUCUACAGAAGCUAAUUACUCUAUCUCUGAAUAAUAAUAGCUUCAGUGGACCUAUUCCUACUUCUAUUGGUCGUCUUUCCAACCUUUAUUGGCUAGACCUAGCUGAAAACCAGCUUGAUGGACCUCUACCAGUCUCUGAUGGGAAUACACCUGGUCUCGAUAUGCUAGUUAAGGCAAAGCACUUCCAUCUCGAAAAGAAUAAGUUCUUAGGUGAAAUUCCAUCUAAACUUUUCAGCUCAAACAUGGUUCUGAAACAUUUGCUUCUUAGCAACAAUUUUCUCACCGGCAACAUUCCUGAAACCCUUGGAUCUGUGACGGAUUUGGAGGUGAUACGCUUUGAUAGGAAUUCAUUAAGUGGGCCCGUACCUUCAAACCUCAAUAAUCUUGUAAAUGUUGGCGAGCUGUACUUGUCCAACAAUAAGCUGACUGGUCCUAUACCUGACCUUACUGGCAUGAACAACCUCCAUUAUGUGGAUAUGAGCAACAAUAGUUUCGAUGAGUCUGACUUUCCUCCAUGGAUUUCAUCCUUAGAGUCUUUGACGACAUUAAUGAUGGAAAACACACAUUGUCAAGGAGAAGUUCCUGUUAACUUAUUCAGCCUUACCAAUUUACAGACUGUGGUAUUAAGGAACAACCGGCUCAGUGGCACCUUAGAUGUUGGCACCACCUAUAGCAACCAACUGCAACUUAUCGAUCUGCAGAACAAUUCAAUUGAAAGCUUCACAACAAGAGCUAAAGGAUACGACAAGAAAUUGAUACUUGUGGAUAACCCAUUUUGUGAGAAUAAAUUCGAGAGUUACUGCAUGGUUCCCCAAUCAAAAAACACUAGUACAUUCUCAACUCCACCAAAUAACUGUCAGCCUAUAAACUGCAAUUUGGAUCAAGAUUCCAGCCCCAAUUGUAAAUGUGCAUAUCCAUACAAGGGAACUCUAUUUUUUCGUGCACCUUCCUUCUCAGAUUUGGGAAACCCAAGUUACUACAUAGAUAUUCAGGGGUCUCUAAUGAAAUUUGCGCAGUCCCACAAACUGCCUGUGGAUUCAGUUUCCAUAAGUAACCCCUUCAAAGACUCAUCUGAAAACCUUGAAAUGAGCAUACAAGUCUUCCCAUUUGGUCAAGAUCAUUUCAAUCGAACAGGAAUAUCUAACAUUGGGUUUGUGCUUAGCAACCAGACAUUUAAGCCUCCAGAUAAAUUUGGACCCUUCUAUUUUAAGGCUAUGCCAUAUGGACCCUUUUCAGAGGAAUACACAGAGUCAAAAAAACAGUCAAGCAUAGCCAUUAUUAUUGGAGUAGCAAUUGGUGGCACUGUCCUGCUGCUUCUAUUACUCUUAGCAGGGUUUUAUGCAUUCCACCAAAAAAGAAGAGCAGAGAGAGCAUCUGAUCAAUUACACCCUUUUGCACGCUGGGAUCCAAAUAAUGGCAGUGGUGGCGUUCCUCAGUUGAAAGGAGCAAGAUGUUUCUCUUUUGAAGAGCUUAAGAAGUACACCAACAAGUUUUCUGAAGAAAAUUCUAUUGGAUCUGGGGGUUAUGGAAAGGUUUAUUUGGGGACUCUUUCCACUGGUCAACUAAUUGCCAUCAAACGAGCUCAGGAAGAAUCAAUGCAGGGUGGCCUUGAGUUCAAAACCGAGAUUGAACUUCUGUCAAGAGUUCAUCAUAAGAAUCUUGUCAGCCUUGUUGGUUUUUGUUUCGAUCAAGGUGAACAAAUGCUUGUAUAUGAGUAUGUUCCAAAUGGAUCUCUAAAGGAUAACCUUUCAGGGAAGUCAGGAUUUAGGAUGGAUUGGAUGAGGAGACUAAAAAUAGCACUUGGUGCAGCUAGAGGCCUGGCCUAUCUUCAUGAACUUGCUAACCCUCCUAUUAUACACAGGGACAUUAAGUCAACCAACAUUCUCUUGGAUGAACACUUAAAUGCAAAAGUUUCUGAUUUUGGACUGUCUAAGCCUAUGGGUGAAGGAGAAAAGGGCCAUGUCAGCACUCAAGUUAAAGGCACAAUGGGGUACUUGGAUCCUGAGUAUUACAUGACUCAGCAAUUGACUGAAAAGAGUGAUGUAUAUAGCUUUGGAGUGCUAAUGCUGGAGCUGAUAACUGCAAGAAUGCCAAUUGAAAGGGGGAAAUAUAUUGUAAGAGUGGUACAAACGGCAAUUGAUAGAACGAAAGAUCUAUACAACCUUCAAGAAAUUAUAGACCCUACCAUUGGUUUGCAAACAUCACUGAAAGGUCUAGAGAAGUUUGUGGACCUGGCAAUGAGGUGUGUUGAAGAAUCAGGAAGCAACAGGCCGGCAAUGGGUGAUGUGGUGAAGGAGAUUGAGAACAUAAUGCAGAUGGUUGGUUUGAACCCCAAUGCUGAAUCUACAUCCACUUCAGCCAGUUAUGAGGAUGUAUGUAAGGGGAACUCAGGCCAUCCUUACAGCAAUGAGGGCUUUGAGUAUAGUGGGAGUUUUCCAACUUCAAAGAUAGACCAUCAGUGAGUAUCCUUUUUACAUUUGAGCUUCUGCUAAUUGGCUGCUUUAAUUGUGUUGGAUAGCUAGCUAGAAGAUACUGUGAUGAUUGUUUGCUUCACAUGAUAAGGAAGCAGAAUUGUAAUUUGAAAGUUGAAUUAGUGUGAAAACACUAAUGCUUGUUUAGACCUCUAAUUUUAAAUUAUGGCUUACUUGCUUUUACUCUAA